AUGAUGGAUGAAAAAGCGAUUUCAAGCAGUUUAUUAUCAAAGUAUCCAGAUUCUAUAAGCGUUCAACAAUCGGAGUCAACAACAAGAGCUAAAAAGAAAUCAGGGUUUAAUUUUAAAAAUAUAUUUGAAAAAGUAGAAGAUAGACCCACACCAAAAGAAGUAUAUAAUUAUAGAAUAUAUUUAACUGCUGUUAUGGCUUCUGCUGCUGCAAUUAUAAUUGGUUAUGAUGGUGGUUUCAUUGGUGGUACAGUAGCUUUGGAAUCUUUUAAAAACGAGUUUGGUUUAGAUGAUUCUUCACAUUCCAAUUCAAUUAUUUCAAAUGUCAUAUCAGUAUGUAUUGACUUAUUGUUCAUGAUCAAAAUACUAAUAUCUAGUCAUUUCAUAUUUCUGCUUUUGGAGGUGCAAUUCUCAGUUAUCCCUUUUCGUUCUACUUUGGUAGACGUAUUCCUUUAAUAUUUGCAGCUGUUUUAAUUACCGUCGGAUCUGCUAUCAUGCUAGCUUCAAGUCAUAGUGUUGGAUUAGGACCAAUUUAUGCAGGAAGAGUGUUGGCAGGAAUUGCAGUUGGCUUUUCAACUAAUUUAACUGUUGUUUAUUUAUCUGAAAUUAGUCCAUCUUCAAUUAGAGGUCAAUUAACAAGUAGUUAUGAAAUUGGUUGGAGAGUUGGAGAUUUGGUUGGGUUUUGGAUUAAUUAUGCUGUUGAUUCUCAUAUAGCUCCAAGUAAAAAACAAUGGUUAAUUCCAUUUGCUGUACAAUUAAUUCCAAGUGGUUUAUUCUUUUUGGGCAGUAUUUUUAUGAAAGAAUCACCAAGAUGGUUAAUGCAAGUUGGUAGAGAUGAUGAUGCUAUUAAAAAUUUGACAUGGUUUAGACAAUUACCAGAAGAUCAUGAAUAUAUAAUUUAUGAAGUUAAUCAAGUAAAAGAGUCAAUUGAAGAACAAAAAAAUAGAAUUGGUUUGGGUAUAUUAGAUCCAUUUUUUGAAGUUUUCUUUAAAAAUAGAAAAGUUUUACAUCGUUUAGGAAUUACCAUGUUUUUAUAUGUUAUAACAAAUUUUUUAGGUAUUCAAUCAAUUAACUAUUAUUCUCCAAUAUUAUUUCAAGGUUUAGGUGUUAAAGGUACAAAUGCUUCUUUAUUUUCAACUGGUAUGUUUGGUGUUGUUAAAUUUGUUUGUACAUUUAUUUAUAUUUUAUUUAUUGUUGAUGGUUUUGGUAGAAGAAAAGCAUUUAUGACUUCUUCAACAGUAUGUUCAUUAUGUUUUUGGUAUAUUGGUGCAUAUUUAAAAAUUAAUGAUCCUACUAAACCAGGAGUUCUGCCUGGUCCAGGUGGCAAAGCAGCUAUUGCAAUGAUGUACAUUUGGAUUGCUUCUUUUAUUUUAGCUUGGUCUGGCGGUCCAUUUGUCGUUGGUGCAGAAGUUUUUGAUCAAAAUAUUCGUUCAUUUGUUCAAGCUAUCAAUGCAGCAGCUUCUUGGAUUCCAAUUUUUAUAAUGUCAAGACUUACAACAAAUAUGAUUAGUGCUAUGCAAUAUGGUAUCUAUUUUUUCUUUGCUUCAUUAGCUAUUCUUACAAUUCCAUUUGUUUACUUUUUAUUACCAGAAACAAAAGGUAUUGCUUUAGAAGAUAUGGAUAAAUUAUUUGAUACAAGAUUACCUGCUAGAAAUGCUCAUAAAAUAGUUUUAAAUAAUGUAAAACAUGAUACUCAAGAAAUAUUUUUAGAAAAUCAUAAAAAAGGUUUAUUUAAAGUUGAAUCUAAUAAACCCGAGAUUGACAAUGUUGAAAAUUUAUUACAGGAAAAAGUUUAA